UUUACGGCGGAGCAGACAAAACAAAAGCCACACGAUUCAACCAUCAGGCGCUGGUCGCUUUUUGUUUUUUCUGUACCCCCAAGACAUCAUUACCAUCUUUAUAACGAUUUAAAGUGAGAUUUUUGCACCAUGCCGAGUAGCACGUCGUUGCUGGAGGCGGAGGAGGGCGAGUCCGAAGUGCCCCCACCGUUAGUCCACGCGUUCACCGGUAUGGGCCUAGAGGAGAGCGGUACCCCCGAGCAACAAGAAGCCGAUGAAAACCUCUCCUUCCACCCGCACCACCACCACCACCUCCCCGCGGUCUCCCAUUUCAGCAUGCUCGGUACGGUCCUGGACUUGAAGCCGCUGCCCAGCCUGCACCGAUCGCCGUCAGAGGAGGACCUGAGCGGGGAUGAAGACGCGGGAGGAGUCGGCGGCGGUGGCGGUGAGUGUCCCGGUGGUGGGUCGCUGCUGCUGGCCCAGGCCCACCGCCACCAUCACCACCACCACCACCACAACCAGCAGCUCCAGGCCGGGUUGGAGCACGCUUCCCCGGUGGAGACGGUGCUCCUGUACACCGGGGACGAGCGGGAAGACUCCGGGAUGAGCACCGUGGCCAUGCUCCAGUCCGGCGUGUUCGGAGAUCCGAGCUACGAGGCCGAAAACUCGCUCCUAAAUCGGCGAAAAAGCGUAAACACCACCGAAUGCGUGGCUGUCCCGAGCUCCGAGCAUGUAGCAGAGAUUGUAGGAAGGCAGGGUUGUAAGAUUAAAGCGCUCCGAGCCAAGACCAAUACCUACAUAAAGACUCCGGUGAGGGGGGAGCAGCCGGUGUUUGUCGUCACCGGGCGGAAGGAGGACGUGCUGAUGGCCAAAAGAGAGAUUCUGUCCGCCGCCGAACAUUUCUCCCUCAUCAGAGCCUCGCGGAACAAAGCUGGACCCCUGACGGCGGUGACGGGACCCGGGACCCCCGCCCUGCCCGGCCAGACCACCAUCCAGGUGCGGGUGCCGUAUCGUGUUGUUGGGCUGGUUGUUGGUCCAAAAGGAGCCACUAUCAAACGCAUCCAGCAGCAAACCCACACUUACAUCGUGACUCCCAGUCGCGACAAAGAGCCAGUGUUCGAAGUCACCGGAAUGCCCGAAAACGUGGACCGCGCCAGGGAAGAAAUCGAAGCCCACAUCGCCAUGAGAACCGGAACCUGUGGCCCGAUCGAAACCCCCGGAGCGGACAACAACGACUUCCAGUUCAACGGCACGGAUGUCAGCUUCGAGGGUUCCUUGACGCCUCUCGGGCUGGGCGAAGGCGGGUGGCUCCAGGCUGGUACGUCCUCCCCUAAUACUGGGUCAAUCCUCGCACUGAGCAUCGAUAACAACCAGCGAAUGAAAAGCAAUAUCAACAAUGGCGUAAGGAUGUCUUCCACGUACCGAAAUGACAGCUCCAGUUCGUUGGGGAGUGGUUCGAGUUCAGCCGAUUCUUUCUACAAUGGAAACCGCGCUGUGGCAGACUUGAGCCCAACCUGCCUUUUCAAUGCCAACUCCAACAAUAACAACAACAGUAAUGGAAGUUUCUGGUUUGGAGAAGGCGUGCUGCCCGUGGGGUCCGAUGAUUUGGUAAGCCUCGGGAGCGGAAGUUCGUCCGGAUUCGACCCGUUGACCAUAUCCACAGCUCCGGCGGCGUUCUCACCCGCACAAGGCCAAAUAUGGAGUCCCUUCAUGGACACGCCCACUUUCCAAACUCUGGAUACUCGCCAAAGCCAAAUGAGUCAGCCUGGCACCCCUCGCCUCUCCCCCACCUUCUCCGGCCCCGAAGCCCUGGAGCACCCUCAGGCCCAGCGGGUGCAGCGUCGCCCCUUCUCAGCCUCGGGAGCCCUGGACGCCCACCGCUUCCCCUCCUGCGGCUCCGCCUUCUCCUCAUCCAGCGACAGCACUGCCUCCUCGUCGUCCUCGCCCCCCGCCCUGACCUCCGGGGGCAGCAGGGGGGCGGAGGUGUGCGUCCACUGUCUGGAGAGCCAGGUGAUCGCCGCGCUGGUGCCGUGCGGCCAUAACCUCUUCUGUCUCGAUUGCGCGGCGCAGAUUUGCCGAAGCGCCGAAGCGAUCUGCCCCGUGUGUCUGUCCCCGGCAACGCAAGCCAUCAUAGUACGCAACAUGUGAUUUAUUAUUUUUAUUUUUUAAUCUAUUAGAUCUCAAAGGCACGUUAUCGUCUUUCCCCAACAAAGAAAAUUGCAAAAAGAUCUACUUGAGUUAACAUGACUAUGACUUCCAAAUAUUCAUCCUUAUUUGAGUAGUUUUUACGAAUUUCUAUUUAGUUUGUUAGUCAAGCUUUUUUGAAUUGUUUCAGUCCUGAAUUUUGUUUUUUAAAAUGCAUUUCACCCAUUAUAUUUUUAUUUUAAUCUUGUUUUAUUUUUAUGUAGUCAACCCAAAACGAAUCAGAGGGUAGGUAAGACAAACAGAAAGUUAUUUUUUUUUUACUUUCUGGUUAUUACGGUCUUAAUAUAAACAUUUUAUUUCAAAAUUCACAAAAAAUCUGUGAAAUGGAUUAAGAAAAUUGCACUGAAAUUGACUAAUUUGACUGGAAACAAGAAAAAUGGAUUGAAACAAAUUGAAAAACUACACAAAUUAAAGUGAAUAUUCCGAAUUCAGGUCAUUUUAACUCAAUAUUUAGAUUUUUUUUGCAGUUUCCAAAUACGUAAUGGUUAACUAAAGCAGUAUUUCAUCACCCAGUUGAGUGGGGACUUAAAACUGAUCAAGGAAUGAUAUUUAUUUAACCCAUUCAUGUGCCUGCUCUUGUGAAGGUUUCUUCCACAACUGAUUGAUCAAAGGGAGGGAUAGUGGCCCUCUCUGUAGCAACGGGGGGUGGGGCGGGGUAUAAUGUCUUUAUUAUUAUGGGAUUCAAUUUGCGUUCAACUCCUUAAAAUGUGUAACGAAACUAUUUGCCUACCUUUUUUUUUUUUUUUAUUUAGGAAUCAUUUUAAACGCAAAUUGCCGCCUCCGGAGUUUAACGUCCUCACGCGCUCACCAGGAAAUGUCAAAUUUUAAAAUGCUUGAUUACAUGAACUCACUCCAAACCAACUUUUUGUUUUAAGAUUUAUUUAAAAUGUUAUAAAAGUAAAUUGGAAUCACAUGCAUUGUCAUCAGACCUAGUUGAGGCUUUUUUAAGUACUUGUUUUUACGCACCCAAUAUGAAUCAGACAGUGGGUAGGACUUAAACUACAACUCAAUUUUAUUACUUUCCGAUUACUCAAUUAUUUUUGGAAUUUCAGCCCGGAUGGAUAAGUUGGAAGCGCCCUUGUUUUUACUUGGAUAAUAACAACGCCACAGAUACUUAAUUUUGAAUAGUUUACAAUAAAAGCGUGCCUAAUUUCAUACUAAAAUUAGCUGAAUGAAAAGUGUUGCUCUGAAUUUAGACUCGUGGCCUUCUUGAAAAGCCUAUAAUUUAACAAAACUGACCGUAGGAAUAACACUUUUCACACACACGCAAAAAAAAAAAAAAUCAACAUUUCGGUUUGACAGUAUUCAGAAAUAUUCACUCACUCAAAUUCACAAGGUAACAUUUUUUUAUUUUUGUGUGUGUGUGUCUCAAGAAAACACAAAAAAAUCUUUGUUAAACUUAUUUUAUUUGAUUUUUGUUUGUUUUUAAAAAAUAUUUUACUUGAGUUUGAGCCAAAAUCAAACAUUGCUGGUACUUUUUUAAGCAUUCCUCGCGUCAACUGCAAAUGACAAAGAUGAAAACUUUACAGCCGUCUUCUGUACUGUACAACUGGACUGAGUUUAACUUUAUUUUUAUUUGCAGAAUGAAUACACUGCAGCAAAAAAAAUAAUUAUCUGGAGCUGAAAUGACUUGACUGAAAAUAUCUAGAAAAUAUUUGAUCGGAUUGGAUUUGACAAGUUUAGAUUUAUUUAACGUUUAACUUGCAUGAAGCCAUUUCGUUCUUGAAAUUCUGUACUUGGCUUUUUUUUUUUUUUUUACCUCACUAACAGAUAAGUCAGAAAAAUAAAAAAAAAUUCUAACUUGAACAAAAUAAAUCUAAACUAGUCAAUACAACUUAAUAUUUUUAAUUUAAGUCAUUUUACCUCAGAUAAUUUUUUUUUUUACAGUGUAUUCAUUGACCACUGAUUUUCAAUAACACUGGGAUGCAACAACUUAGGAUCAAGGCCAUUUUUCAAACAUUCACAAACUUCUUUUUUAAACUUUUUUCCAAUAGGGCCCUAUGCAAAACCCAUAACAUGAUCUGUUUCACUGCAGUACUGGUUACUGGUGACGUUAGAAUAGAGUAAAAGAAUCUGUGUGUCGUUCAUUUGUUCGUUUUUUAGUUUAAAACCAAAAAAUAAGAAAAUGAAAAAACAACAGUUUUCUUCAAUAUUUGUCUUCAAAACCAAAAUGAAAAAACGGAUAAGGAUUAGUUUUUUUCAUUUUUUGAUUUUGUGUUUAAAUCAAUAAUGGAGAUAAAUGUUUCUGUGACUUAAACUUUGCGUCGUAAACGGAGUGAACCAGGACUAAAACAGGUCUAAACCAGGUCUAAAACAGGUCUAAAACA